CUCCCCUCAUACAAGCUCUGCACUGAUAAAUCACUGCACCCCCUCCCCAUCGCAAGUCCCGAUCCCGAGUGAAACAGUCUGGCUCAAGCAGGUCCGAACUUUCGAUUGGAUUCACGACGGUAUGGACUCUGGUGGGUGUCGUGUGGGGGCGAUAUGAUUUGUAACUCCGCUGCAUGUCUAAAUAUGGGCGGUGAUCUCACUCGCUUGUGUAUCGUCUCGCGAGCACCCUUGUAAAUUUUGUCCUGCAUAGUACCCUCGCAUUUUUGUAUCUCCUGCUCGAUGGCAGACCCUCGCGCGAAACCUGUCUCCCCGAUUUCCCAGGUGCUGCAGUCAAUGGGACUCACCAGAGACGAUUUACUGCGACACAGCGGCCAGAUGCGUCAGUUUCUCACCACAGAGGACGUGAAUUCUCUCCACGCCUUGAGUGCUGCGUCUCCAGACAUGCAGAACGCAAUCGCACCCAUGGUUGCGCGUUCGAGGGCGCGUUCGCAUUCUCGCUCGCUUUCGCGUCCCAGCACGUCCACCGUCUCCCAGACACCGCCCCCGUCCACGCCCGUCAAGUCGGAGCCAAUUGAGCCCGCCAUGCCACUGCGCCACAUGGACAGCAUGGAGAUGAUAUUGGAACGCAAGAACCGCCAGGCAAAACGCGAGAAACGAGGUAAGAAGGAAAAGGAGCGCUCCGCACCCUCGCCGCCCCCUGCAAGCGCCGGUUUCAGUCUCGACGCGUUCAUGCAAUCACGCGAUUCACGACGUGUCUCCUAUGCCGAUCAACCUGGACCCUCAUCUAGUUCUGCGUCCCAGGAGCCACUACAAGACGCACUCCCUGCCCCGCCUAUAACCCCACAGCAUAGAAAAUAUUAUAGAGACUAUGAUACCCUAUCCUUCCAGCAGGAUACCCUUUCCCCUGAUCCUCUCUCCCCAACUCCUACACGUUCACGCGCUCCAAGCGUAUCAAAUCGUGUCCAAGUCUCUGCUUCUGAACAGUUCGGCGUAAAUCUUGUGACCCCCCGACGCAACAGUUAUUACAAAUCGCCCUUGCCGUCCUCUUCACCACCACAGUCCUCGCCCUUUGCUACCCCUUCUGCGAAGCGGGUCAUCAACCUUGUUUCUUCCCCCGGGCCAAUGGGUCCCCUUCCUGACGAAGAUGAAUACGACAACCUACCUUACACACUGCCACCAGGUCCCUAUUCAACCGCGAAACCCGAUCUUUCCUAUGCCGCGCUCAUCGGCCAGGCAAUUCUCUCCACCCCAGACCAUCGUCUAACACUGCAAGAAAUUUACGACUGGAUCACGAUCGUCUAUCCUUAUUUCAAUCGUAACGAAACGACUUGGAUGAAUUCUAUCAGACACGUUCUCAGCACUACAGUAUGUUUCCGCAAGGUCACCCGAGAGCGUACUUUAGGACGCACGCAAUGGGCGAUCUGGGAUUGUGAUCUCGAAUGCUUCGCCAACGGCAACUUCAGAAAGGAGUUUUGUGCAGAGCUCAGAGAGGCGGCUAAGAAGGCGCCACCGAAGAAGCGUCAUGCUGAGAGUUCGGCAUCAUCUAGGAGAGCCAAAAGACAAAAGAAGGGCGGGACAACCUUCGAUUCGAGCUCACCUGCGGUCCCUCCGGCUUCCUCGCCACAAACGCAUCCCCACCCACCCUUUGCCUCCCUUCCUCAAUUCCUCCCUCUCUUCCCAGCUCUUAUGCCAACACAGCAUCAGCCGUAUUAUGAUAACUGUGCGCAGCUACCGGCCGAAGUCAUAUUUCCCCCGCUUCCCCCUUCAUCCAAUUACGUCCGUGUCAUGGCUGGCACUGUUUCCUCUCCAUCGCUUCCAACGGUCAGGAGCUCGGAUAUUCCUCAAUCGUCUCCCAUCCCACAAUCGUCCUCCUUGCCUGAUCUCAUCCCUAAUUGCAGUUCUUCGAGUCCUCCAAUACCUUCGGAAGACCAUUCCCAGCCAGAUAUCACUGUAGAAGUGAAUAAAGAAUCGACACCGCCUCUGGAGCCGGAUCCUGCCGUUGCUAACAAACAUCGAUCAAAUAAAGAGCAGAAGCAGAGUACAACAACCAACAAGACGCAGUUGAAGAAAUCCCUUCCCGUUCUCCCUAUGCCAGAGUCCCCCACUCUUGACCGCCGCACGAGAUCUAAAAGGCUUGCCAAGCGGUCCGCUCCUCCCCCAGCCCCAGUGUCGAAUGCUGACCCUCGUCCAUCCACUCCUCCCCCCUGUCCAAGUACCCCCCGAAAUCGUGGUCCAGGUGUUACCACGCAACUCUCCCCCGUGCGCACUCCGCUCUCUCAUAAGGGGCUUCAUAUGUCUCCCUCUGCUUCCCUUGCACAUUACAAAUCACAUCUUGACCCACCACCACCGCCAGUGUUUCGCCAAGACGACGGAAUCAAUCCUGCCGUGUUUGACAGUGAUUAUAUUCGUACACCAUCGCGAAAGCGUGGUAACCGUGACGGUUUGACAACCCUGUUUCCCCCAGUUACCCCGAAGAAACUGGUGUUCCCCGCGCCAACCCCCUCUUCGGAGUCGCCGUUCCGUACGCCAGGAUCACGCUCCAUAUUUGAUCCACAUGACCCGUCUGCACUGCUUGACGAGGAGUUUGCGAGGCUCGGUGCAAAGGGCGCGCAAGAUAGCCCAGUUGGUCUGUUUGAUGGUCGCAGGGGCCUUCUAUAUGAGAGUCCCAGCGUACCCAGCCCUGGAAAAUUCCCAAGAUGGUUUUAGUAGCCUGGUGCGUAUAAUACGUAUACCCGACGAGAUUACCUCCAUUACUCCGUUCUUCACGAUCUCUCUUCGUUACGCUCUUCCUCGUACGUGUGUCUGUUGUUAUAUGCUCUCUGGUGGCAUUGGCCCAUGUAGAAGGUCGCCUAUUGUGUUCUUUUUUUUUUCUCUCGUUAGACAAUGUAUCACAUUCACUCCGUCACCCUCUAUGCAUUCACUCCGUCGUUUUGUCCUAGCAAAGGUAGCAUCUAUCGUCUUUCCGUUGCCUGUACAAUUAAACCUUCAGUGGAACCCAGUGAACCUUGGACGGGAGACGGGUGAUUGUUGAACCGGCCCUGUGUAACUACCCCCCUUGAACCUCAAGCGUGCAACUGACCUUGGGGUACUUGCCGUUUUUAUAAUUAUUGAGUUGCUGCGACAGAUGUUGCAGACA